AUGUCGAAUGCCCCCCCACAACGUCACAAGAGUCGACGAUCUACGACAAAGAAUUUGCCUGUCAUUCGACAGGAGGGGUACAAUAUCGCUGGAAAUCCCUCUACCUCACAGCUAGGUAGCGCAAGCGAUGUACCACGACAUAUACGCUACGAUACCGACUCCACCCAAAUCGUCUACCAAAAUCCGGACCAGCAACACCAGCUCGCGCACGAGCACCAGCAACACCAGCUCAUGCACGAGCACCAGCAACACCAGCUCGCGCAUGAGCACCAGCAAUACCAGCUCACGCACGAGCACCAGCAACACCACCUCCCGCACCAGCAACACCAGCUCCCGCACCAGCACCAGCAACACCAGCUCCCGCACCAGCACCAGCAACACCAGCUCCCGCACCAGCACCAGCAACACCAGCUCCCGCAUGAGCACCAGCAACACCACUAUUAUGGACUUACCUACCCUUCCACGAGCAGAACAUCUUUUCCUCCAAGUUUUCACGGCGAGGUUCCUGCCCCUAGGAGGUCCCUAUUAUCUGGGGACUACCCUAGGGUAGCAGGGCCAGACCGAAAUGCUCGAAGCCGCCAGGCUCCCAAAUUUCAAGUGGCCUAUAGCCUAGCACCAAUGCGCUUCCAGGAGGAAGAGUUUAUGGAUGGUGUUGUGUAUAGGGUAGGAGAAUCAGGCAUCCAAAGGAGAAUCACACGAGAAUACACCCUCCCCCCAGUCAGGCCACCACGAGUGGUAGGUUCUGUGUCAGAUUCGUCUGGAGUAUCCGCAUCUACGUCAGUGCCGGUGUCAACGUCCGCAUCAGCGGCAGGAUCAACGUCUGCACCUGCACCAUCAGUUCCCGCGCACAUUCCAGUGCCUGCACCAUCAGUUCCCGCACAUGUUCCAGUGCCCGCACCAUCAGUUACCAUGCAAAUUCCAGCCCCCGAAUCGGUCGUGUAUUCACCCCAAGGUGCAUAUGACGCGAAAAACGCGGUCCACAAAGCUGUCGCGAAGGCAGCUAGUGAGAUUGUGAUGCGAGACGCAUUAAAUAAGUGUUGCUUGCCGACAACCUCCGAAAAGCAAGCUACAGCACGUCAGGCACUUCUCGAUUCAUGUCAUGUAUCAACGAAAGACUGGGCCGUCCAAAACUUGGGCGCGCUAUAUAAAACGGUCACCAUGCCAGUCACAGAUCUCUUGUCGAGUUUCGGGAGCGUUGCUCGUGGAGUCGUUCAACGGGCAUAUGGUCUCCGCAUGUCAGUCUGGUCUGAAGAGGACGAGGCGGCGCACAAAAGAAUGAUUAUUCCAGACCUUGUUGACGAGACUACACUAACUUUCAUAUACGGCGACACUCUAUCACUUAAUGACAACAGCUCCCAGACAGUCCAGUACGCCUUCGAGCAUGUCGGUAUCACUGACGUUGCUCUGGACGCUGUAUGGACCGCUGGGUAUGGACAGUAUGUCGAUAGUCUGAAGGCACUCGCCAACAUCCUCGCAACCUCCGCCGCUGCUAUAUUCUGUCGUCUUCAAGAGCACCGUGAUGGCGUUCGACGAAGCAUCAACUUUUCUGCGGCAGCCUUCAGAGGUAUAUACGACAAACUACUCCUCCUCAUCAAGGAAACAAUCAUGACUACUCCGCAUCUAUUGCAGAGGUGGGAGAAGUACAUCGUGCACCUCUUGAAAAGAGGGUGUAAGAUUGCUGGGAUCGACUACAGCCGCUACACUAUCAGUAAUCUACAAUCGUAA